UGCCAUCGACUUUGAUAAACUUCCACCCCUUCCUAGCUGGCCUAAGGUUUGCUUUUUUGUUUCUUUUAUUUUUAUGUUGGCAUGCUUCUUGGAUAUCUUCUGUUGGUUGAGAUAUACUGGGUGAUGGGGUUUGUUUUUCCAAACCUUCCAGUGCCUUACUUCCCUUAGAAAGCUUCAUGCAGAACAUUUGCUUCAGAAGUUUGAUUUAUUGGUUCAAGUAUCACCAGGCCGUUGGAUUUUAUUAUCCCAGAUUGAACCACUAAAUUUGCUUCCCAUGUAUUAUCGUAUAUUUUGUAUUGUUUUGCAGGAAGGCGAUGUGAUUGCAUAUCGUCUGCUUGAGUUGUCGUCGACCUGGACCCCUGAGCUUUCUUCCUUUCGAGUACAGCUUUAUCAGANAGGCGAUGUGAUUGCAUAUCGUCUGCUUGAGUUGUCGUCGACCUGGACCCCUGAGCUUUCUGCCUUUCGAGUUGGACAAAUAUCGUGGUACAAUUCUGAAUCAAGUAGAACUAUGCUGAUGCCUGCCCCAGAAUAUCCAAUUUUUUCUGGGAAGUCAGAUGAAGACGCAACUGUUCUGCAACAAGAUAACUCACUCUAUAAAGAAGAUGGAUCUUUGGAGAUAGAUUUUUCAUCACUAGUUGAUGUCCGUAUUGUCAAGCAAGGCAACUCAGAUCUUGCAAAAGCAGCCACUGGUAGGGCUAAUGAAGGUCCUUCAGGCAACACAAAAGUUAUAGCAAGUGCGGUGCCUAGCAAUAAUGAUGAACAAACACAUGCCAUGACCCCAGUAAACGGACAAGUAAACAUAUGGGAUCAAUUCAGUGAGGCUCUAAAUGCCAAGAAGACACAACUAUCUCAGGAGAAUGGUUGGACCAAGGAGAGUUCUGCAAGGAGUGCUUGGUCAUCUAGAGCCUUGAGAGGCAGUGCACUAGGCCCAACAAUGUCUCUUCUAAGAUCGAAAAAUGAGAUCUGA